AUGACAGCAAUGGUGGUUGCAGAGUUCCACCGAAUCAACAAUGUUAACCUGAGCACUCAAUUCUACAAGGAGCUGGACAGACACACGCCUAGACUCAUCACUUUGUUCCGAGACAAGGCCAUCAAGACUGGCAAGAUUGCAGAGGAGCUAGCAAAGCUCAUGAGAAUUUAUGACAUUCAGUUAAUUGAAGGUGUACUUGGAACCAAUUCAGGUGGUGAAGAAGUUCUCCAGGAAUAUCACACAACACAAACGCUAACAGAUGCUACCAGAAGAAAAAUGGUCAAUAUAAUAGUGGCUCACAUGAUUGCCAUGGGUAUGCACCUCCCCACCAAAGCUGUUAGAGAACAGUACGCGCUAGGGGUAGUGACAUUGUUCCCAUCCCUGAAAGACCCAUACUCCAAGAAAGGCUAUGUGAAUCAAGACUUCACUCUCCUGUUUGAUGAUGAGAUAUCUACCAGGCUGCUUCAGAAAUGGGAUCCAAUCUUUAGGUAUCAAAUCAUCAAAGAGGCCAAGCAGCUCACCUCAACAGUAGAGUUGCGUCAAUUGGUGCAGUCAGCAGAGAGUCCACCAGGAAAAGGACCAAAGUAUCAAAAAAUCAGCGCCUCUGAUGCUGUUGAGAGACUUGUAGUCUUUCAUAAGUCUUGCUGCAGUUUGGAAGAGCAUCUCCAGAAUCAGCAGAGUCAGCAGCCAUACCUCCUGGCUGUUGGGCGCCAGAAGAGGAAGGUCGACAGCUUCUAUGUUGCCAUAGACAAGCAUCUCAUCCCCUGCCAGGCCAGCCGCUCCCUUGGGGCAUUUGAUGAGCUUUUUAAAGCUCAUUUUGUGUUCAAUGUGUCUUAUGAUGCUGCACUUGUGAAUUUCUACACAUUUCUGCAGACAACAGUAUACAAUAUUGAUAUGGGGAAAAUGAAGGCGUCCCCAAGAGUUCGUGACCUGAGAGCCAAAAUCCUUAACCAGGAAAUUCUUCUCACAACCUAA